AUGGAAUUAAUUUAAAAAUAUAUUCCAAAAUAAAUAUAAGAUGCAAGCAUGAUUAUUGGUCUUACAUAUUUAGGAAUAAAAUGUCUUAAAUUUGCAAGAUUCCUUUGGAGAAUAUAACCUUUAAAGAUGAGAAAUAAUUUGAUUAAGAAGUAUGGACAAAAUUCAUAUGCGCUAGUCACUGGUGCUACUGAUGGUAUUGGAAAACAAUUGGCAAUAUCAGCUGCUAAGAGAGGUUUCAAUUUAAUUCUUGUUUCAAGAAACAUGGAAAAAUUAGAAGCUACUAAAUAAGAAAUACAUAAAUUAUAUAGCGGAUUAGAUAUUGUUUUAGUCUAAGCAGACUUCUCAAAAGCCUAUGAAAAAGGAUUUUUUGAAGUAAUAGCUGAGAAAACAAAAGACUAUGAUGUUUCUAUUUUAGUGAAUAAUGUAGGCAUUGAUAAAUUUUCUCCUUUAAAAGAUAUUGAUGAUAAGUUGAUCUUAGAUUUAAUUCAAAUCAAUACAUAUUCGUAGAUUAUGAUGACCAAACUCUUUGCAGAGAAAAUUAAUUCUCGCCCAUAAAAAGGAGGAAUAAUGUUUACAGGUUCUUUUUCAGGUUUUGAGCCUAUUAAAUAUUUCUAAGUAUAUGGUUCUACAAAGGCGUUAAUUAAAUCUUUCUCACUAAACAUAUAAAAUGAAUAUCCUAAUUUAGAUAUUUUGCAUAUUACCCCUGGAGAGGUUUCAACUACUCUUAUUUUUAAUAAAAAACCAAGCUUAUCAGUUGCUACUCCUUAGGGAUGUGCUGAAGGCUCUUUUGAGGAUUUAGGUAGGUACUAUCAAACAGAUGGAGCUACUCGUCAUAAAAUUUUUAACAGCAUUUUAAGACUUAUUCCUUACUCUAUAUUCAAUUUCAUUUUUUGUAAUUUUACAAGUAAGAAAAUGCUAAAGGAAAGAUAGGAUGGUGAGUCAAAGUUUCACAAAAAGCAUAAUUGA